CAGUUCUCGGCGCCCGUCUCCAUCCUCCUGGCCGCCCUGAUGGGACUGGUCGUGCUCACGACGGUGCUGGGCAACGCCUUGGUCGUCUUGGCUUUCGUGGUGGACAAAAGUCUGCGCACCCAGGGGAACUUCUUCUUCCUCAACUUGGCUAUUGCGGAUCUGUUAGUGGGUGGAUUUUGCAUUCCUCUCUACAUCCCUUACAUUCUGACGGGGGAAUGGAAGUUUGGGAAAAGCCUGUGCAAACUCUGGUUGGUGAUGGAUUAUCUGGUGUGCACAGCCUCCGUUUUCAACAUUGUCUUGAUCAGCUUCGACAGGUUCAUCUCUGUUACCAAAGCAGUCAGUUACCGAGCCCAGAAGGGUAUGACCCGGAAUGCAGUAGUAAAAAUGGUGAUGGUGUGGCUAGCAGCUUUUCUCCUCUACGGUCCUGCCAUCAUCAGCUGGGAGUACAUUGCUCAGCGCAGCAUCCUUCCCGAGAAAGAGUGUUACGCGGAGUUCUUCUACAACUGGUAUUUUCUCAUGAUCGCCUCCACCAUCGAGUUCUUCACCCCUUUCAUCAGCGUCACUUACUUCAACUUAAGCAUCUACUUCAACAUUAGGAAGCGGACGCCCGUCAGAACAGGGAAUCUCCCGCCAGGCCAAGAGCACUGCGAAUUACGCUCCCAAGGGAAGAAACGAGAACAUGCCGUGUUUUUCGUGAAACCGACCAACAGGAAAAGAAGCCAGAAGAGGUCGAACAGCCUCUCACCCGCCAGGCCUGCAACCUCUGGCCUUGAUGACCACAAUUCGGAAAGACCAUCUGUAGACUUUAACAUCACUCAAGACCUCCCACCUUUGCAAGUGGAUGUUCAGACCAAAUCACCAUGGGACAGUUUCUACAAAGCUCUCGAGAGCAUUUCCACCUCCACAAAGAGGACGGAUGUCGCCAACACUAUGGCUAGCAGGUUUCGGCUUUCCCGGGAUAAACGGGUAGCCAAAUCCUUAGCAAUCAUUGUCUGCGUUUUCGGCUUGUGUUGGGCACCCUACACACUCCUGAUGAUCAUCAGAGCAGCUUGCCAUGGACAAUGCAUCCCUCACGCUCUCUACGAGGCGUCGUUUUGGCUCCUGUGGCUGAAUUCGGCCAUUAACCCCAUCUUGUACCCGUUGUGCCACAUGAGCUUCAGAAAGGCUUUUUUUAAACUGUUGUGCCCUGGCAAGGCUAAAAUUCACCCAAAUAUGUUUACAUGA